UCCCUUUAAAAAAUAAACAACAGGUAAAAACACGCUUGUGGUUUAGAUAUAUAAAUAGUACGGUUUUCCAGUUAAUAAUAACACAAACUAACACAACAUGGGCAGACCAAAACGAAAGGCAGCUAUGGAUUCUGAAGUAAAGGCUAAACGAGCCAAAGGAGAAACAGAUCUCGAAGGGGAUCUCAAAUGGCAUCAAUAUGGAGAUGUCAUAAAGGGGGUGUGUCCCCUCCUGAAACUUACAUCCGACACCCUCCCUGGUUGCGACAAAGUAGCUAGCUUUGAUAUUGAUUUUACAGUUAUCAAAACUGCAAGUGGUAGAAGAUUUGCUACUGGUGCAUCAGAUUGGGAAUUUUGGGAUGAAGUUGUUCCAAGUAAACUACAAGAGCUUCACCACAAUGGUUACAGAGUAGUUUUCUUUACAAAUCAAGCUGGAAUAGAGAAACUUAAAGUUAAACCGGAAGAAUUCAUGAAAAAAACCGAGGCUAUAAUUAAAGAAGUUGGUGUACCAAUUUAUGUUUUUGCAUGCACAGGAACUAAUCAUUUUAGAAAACCUAGUACAAUGAUGUGGGACCACUUUGUGGAACAUUGUAAUAAAGGAAUAAAGCCUGAUCUGUCCAAAUGUUUGUAUGUUGGUGAUGCAGCUGGUAGAGCAAAGGAAUGGUCCCCUGGUAAACCUAAAGAUUUUUCUUGCAGUGAUAGGAUGUUUGCAGCCAAUGUAGGAAUAGAUUUUUACACACCAGAAGAAUAUUUCUUUAAAGAACCAGUUGCUCCAUUUCAAUGGCGUUCCAUGGAUCCAAAUGAAUUUUUGUCAAAAACUGUAAAACCAAAGAAAGCACAACAUCAUUCUAAUAAACAAGAGCUUGUAGUUAUGUGUGGCUGUCCAGCAUCAGGGAAGAGCACAUUCAGAAAGAGAUAUUUUGAGAAGCAUGGUUAUCAAGUGGUAAACAGAGAUACUAUGGGGACAAUGGACAAAUGUGUCAAGGCAGCAAAAGAAGCAGUAAAGAAUGGUAAGAGUGUGAUUGCAGACAAUACUAACCCAUCAGCUGCUGCCAGGAAAGAUUUUAUAGAUGUGGCAAAGAAAGCAGGCAUACCAUGUAGAUGUUAUGUGAUGAAAACUCCACUAGAACUGGCACACCAUCUUAAUCUGGUCAGGCAAAACCAAACAGAAGGACAAGUUCGUAGAAUUCCAGAUGUUGGAUUUCAUGUGUUCAAAAAAAACUUUGAAGCUCCAACCAAAACUGAGGGAUUUUCAGAAAUUACAGAAAUUGACUUUAUUCCAGAUUUUGACAACAAAUCAGAUGAAAGUUUAUUUAGACAAUGGACAGAUUCUGCUUGAAUAAAAGGCAGGAUUGUCAAAUUUUGUUUAUACCAGUGUUUUUGUAAAACUCAGGGGCUGGAUAUAUAUAUGUGUUUUUUUUUAGUUUUCCAGGAAAUGAGUUACUUAUUCAUAGUAACUGAAGGCUAACCAAAACUGGAUGCAUCCUGCUUCUGUGGUUUACAAUACAAUGGCUAACCAAUUGUUAUUUUUUUAUUGUUUUUUUUAUUCAUGUUUUAAUAAUUUUUUCUAUAUUUUUACUUGUUUAUGAAACAAUGUGAUUGUUAUUGAAUGUUUAUACAUGUUUGAAAUACCAGAGUCUUAUUUUAAUCCAGUUUCAUUUCUUUCAUGACACUUGCCAGCAAUCAUUACAUUUUCUUGUUAUUUAGUGCAUACCAUUUUUUACAAAUUUCAAAAUAAAUGUUAUAAACAGUUAUUAAAAUGUGAAAUGUUUCAUCUAUGAAUUCCUAUGUCUUUGUCUUAUGGUCAGGAAGGUUAAAAGAAUAUAUUGAUAGCUAUUUGCAUAUACCUUAUAAAACCUGCUAUUUUUAUUAUAUGGUUUUUUGUAGGUAGACAAGAACAAAGUGUGAACCUUUUUUAUGCAAUCAAUUUCUUUUGGUUUUUUUUUAACAAAAUCCUUGGUAUGUCAAAUCAAUAUUUCGAAAGAAUUUUAUAUCCCAUUAACAAAAUUUUAAUUUGUAGUUUUUUAACUCACCUCUACGGUUUUGUAAUUAGCCUUUACCAUUAAAAAAAUGAUGACGAUUGAAUGAUUAAGUUUUAUCUGUUAAGUCCAGGAUGGGAUUCGUAUUAAUGCAUGUUUAAU